UCUUUAUACAUUGUAAAUAACAAAUAAUGGCAACACUAAAAGAUCUUUCAACUUCAAUUCAAUACAAAUCUAUCUCUUUCUUUUUGGUCCUUGUCAUUUCAGAUUGUCCAGGCGGGUUUUAAAUCCUAGCCAUGGUGCGUAUGAACGUGUUGAGUGAUGCGCUGAAAUCUAUCCACAAUGCCGAGAAACGCGGUAAAAGACAGGUGCUUAUCAGGCCUUGCUCUAAAGUGAUCGUCAAGUUUUUGACUGUGAUGAUGAAGCACGGCUACAUUGGAGAAUUUGAAAUAGUUGAUGACCACAGAGCCGGCAAGAUUGUUGUCAAUCUUACAGGCAGAUUGAAUAAAUGUGGAGUAAUAUCUCCACGAUUUGAUGUUCCAAUUAAUGAUAUUGAAAGAUGGACUAACCUCUUACCGUCGCGACAGUUUGGAUACCUUGUGCUGACGACAAGUGGUGGUAUCAUGGAUCAUGAAGAAGCCAGAAGGAAACAUCUCGGAGGGAAAAUCCUAGGUUUCUUUUUCUAAGUUUACUCAAUACAUAUAAAAAUGUA